ACUCUGAAUGGAGUCAACCUUUCGUUUGUCAGUCCAAAUAUUUUUCCGGCUUGCUCGUUCGCCCAACAAUUUCAUCGAGCACUGAAAAAGUCAUCGAAAUUUGUAAAUACGGAGUGAUAAUGUCGAGGAACCGAAGCCAUCUGCGCCAGCCACAGAAAGUGCAUGAAAGUGCCGAGGAGGAGUCAGCUGAUGAAUACGAUGAAAUCGCAGCAACAAGUUGGAAAAACGAGUGCAAACAGCUGGAGUCGAGUUCGCCGCCGGAAAGCCCCGAGUAUCUGGACUUUCUGGAGCCCGAGGAUCCGCUGGAAGACAGCGAAACAAAUCCUUUGCAGGAGCCAGAGCCACUCGACCUGGCAGUUAAACCCGAUUGCACCAUCAACAAGGAGGCCGUGGAGAACCAUCGGCGGAUUUACCGGCAGUUGGGCAUUCAUAUCCCGGAAUCGCCACCCAAACAUCCGCUGCUCGGUUAUCGUUUCGUCGUGAAACUCUUCCUGGCCACCGAUUGUAGCUCGAUGCACUUCCUCAAGUGGUCGGCGAGUGGCCGCGAACUGGAGGUCGACUAUCAGGGCAUGCAGGAGCAUUUGUCCAGCGGAUGUUCCAUCUUUCAUAGCCGCAAUACUCUGCAAUUCACGGGCACUCUGUUGGCCCACGGAUUCGAGCGCGUUUGGUCGAAGGAUGUGCGCAAGCCUGCAGUUCGUCCCACGUCCAUCCUGCUGAUCUAUCGGAAUCCGAACUUCGUCAAGGGUCAGCUGCAGAAGUUGCAGAAACUGGCCCAGGAAUGUGCGAAAGUGGAGGAACUUUCGAGUGCGCAAACGGAGGCGGAAACGCGACAUCCGAACCACGCCCAUAUUGCCAGGAUGAGUCGGCACGGAGAUCUCUGCUCCACAGCCUACACAUGUCGUUCUGCGCUGCAGGUGGCCCGAUGUCACUUCCACACGCUGCUGGGCCAUCAGGCCGACUUGGGUGUCCUCAAGGAUCGCAACAGCCACGAUGUGUUCAACAAGCACAUCAUGACGCAACUGAAUGUGAAGCGGGGACGCUCAUCUUUCAACAAUGCCCCAGUCGAUUUGGCGCCCAGUAAAGUUUCGUUUGCGAAGUUCGUCAAGCCCCACGAAUCGGUGAUCAACAUCGGCAUUGGUCAAGCGCCCGACUAUGCGGGCUACUAUGGCAAGGUGGAGCUGUCCAAAGUGAACGACUUCUUCUCCGAGUAUCUGCCGCGCUAUGGCAGCAAGAUCACCGGCUACAAGGACAUCGUUAUGGAUGCCACCAACAAGUCGAUUGGCUUCCAGCAGAACCUGCCCAUCGGCAUGAAUUAUUCGGAUGACGAGGACGACGUCCUGCCACCGCUGGCAUCCGAUCUGGACUUGGACUUCAUGCCCUCCACCUCGGCGGCGGCCAAGCUGAAAUCCUCGGGUCGCAAGCUGGUGGAAGACUCGGACUUGGAGCAGGCCAUGCAGGAACUGUGUGGCGGUUCCAAUCUCAUCGAGGAGGAGGAACUGCCACAGACCAGCAGCACCACCAGGUUUAAAGCCAAACCCAAGCCCAGAGCCAAAACCAAAACCACAAAACGACAGGCGAAACCUCUGCAUUCCAGUUCCAGCGAGGGUGAGGAUUACAAGGCAGACGAGGAAGAGUUCAAGUCCAGAAAACCAAAGAACGUUAAGUUUAAGGGAAAUUCAAGGGACGAUCAUAACUCCUAUGCUGCUGAAGUGCAAACGGAUUCCGAGGAGCAACUCAUCGAGGAAGCGAGCGAUGUUAAGGCGAAGAAUAUGCCAUACGAUGAUGAGGAGGAGGAGGAGCAGGAGGAGGAGGAGGAGGAGGAAGAGGAGGAGGACUACCUGGACGAGGACGACGAGGAUUAUAUCGAUAGAAAUAUACAGCACAGGAACGCUCCAGAGCCGCCAAAAAGCCGACGCUACGAUCUUCGCAAUCCCAAGCGAAAUGCGCUUUGAAUCUCACAGUUCAAUUGUAUGGUAUAUCUAAGGCAACUAGGAAAUAUAAUUAGUAA